AUGUUCUACCAGGCUAUGUCGUUUCCAGUGACGAAUAUUUGUGUCGUUUAGUUAUUUCAGCUUUUUUCGCUGCUGCUCCCGCUUUUAAGGCUGUUUCCCUGACAUGAGGCAUCGACCUCAGGUAACAAGGGCCACUACAACACAACGGAUCACUUUGAGAAGCCGUGUUCGUUAUUUGACUACACGAAUAAGGGAUAUUGUAAAAUAUUUAGUGAAAAUCUGACCUGCUCUAAUGGAUUAACUGACAAAUGGUUAAUUAAUAUCAGAUACGACAUAUCUCACCUGACAUUACUGGAAUGGCCGGGUGAGUGUAUUAACGUGGGUCGCCUCCAGAAACAUUUCCCUCAACUGAGAUCUUUGAAUAUAAGUAACAGCACUAAUCUCAGACGUUUCAAGGGUUAUUUCGAUGGUCUUAGUAAAAUUCAGAGAAUAACAAUGCAUAACUUAACAUCACUCUGGGAAGUUCCAGCAAAUGUCGUUGAAAAACUUACAGAACUAAGAGUAUUAGACCUACGAAGCAACAUGCUCAGACACAUGAAAGAAAAUCUCCUGCGAGGGCCACCGCGUCUGCAGACGGUUUACCUAAGCGAUAACGAAUGGGAUUGUAGCGAUGGUGGCUUAGACUGGCUGGCGAUGGAGAAUGAAAAUGGAACAAUUCGGAAGAGAAUCGUAGACUAUUAUGAUCUUGUGUGUCAUCUGCACCUUUACAGAGGAAAGCCGCUACACAUAGUAAUGGAUAUUAUUCGAAUGGUGCGAGAGACUUGUCCAGAUCCCUGCGCGUGUGCAAUGACUCACGUUGUCUCUGAUCGCGAAGGAACUGUCAUCCCGUUAAUCACAGUGGACUGCUCUAAAAGAAACCUGGAACAUCCUCCAACUUCCCUUCCUCCCAGUACAACAACGCUACGUCUUGAAGGAAACAAGCUAAAUAGCAUUAGGCAGCUGGUGCAGAAUCCUCAGUAUAAGAAAAUUGUAGACUUAUACCUAGAUAAUAACAGUAUCGAAACUGUUAAAGAAUUAGAAGGAUCAGAGUGGUUUACAACAUUUAGAGUUUUAAGUCUUCGUGGGAAUAUGUUGAAGCAGAUACCAGUAUAUGCGUUCGAUAAGGCCUUUCAAGGUAACAACAAUAUAAUGCACGUGUUUUUGGGUCAUAAUCCUUGGAGGUGCGACUGUCAUUUCAUACCACGGUUUCAAGGGCUGCUUUUGAAGUACAAAAGGGUGAUACGGGACUUGACAGACAUAAGGUGUGCGAAGUCUGAUGACAAAUCUAUAUCACAAGUUCAGAUAAGUACAAUGUCAUUAGGAAACGUGUGCAGGAGCAAUGAAGUGAAAAUGCCAAUAAGUACGAUUAAUAUAGUAAAUUUAGUACUUUUAGCUCUUAUAAUAUCGAUUAUUGGCAAGUUUCUAUACGAUUGGCACAGCUUCAGGACCACGGGGAAGUUGCCUUGGAUGUCGUCAGUUCUACCAUAA